AUGGGCCGUCUGGAAGGAAGUAAUAACAAAAAGGCAACCAUAAGGCUGGAGGCGACCGGAAGUCAAGGAAAUUUCAAACUGCAAAGGAGGAGAAAGCUAAGACAAGCCAUGAGUACUUCCUCUCACGGCGACAUCAAAAUGAUCCAUCCUCUGCAAAGUCACCACACCCUAUGGAGGAAGCAACUGGUGGCAGAGAUCCUUGACCACCCGUCAGUGCCAAAAGGAAAAUUUGUCCCAAACCAAGGCACUGUUGAUUUUACAAGUGGGAAUGCUUGGGAAGUGAAAUAUGACGAGGAUGAUGACGGGUCUGCAAAUGGAGUUGGGGACUACGGAAUUGGUGCAUCAAGUGAUGAAGACAAAUCAUCAGCUUCAUCAACAAGAUAUUGCCAGCUGUAUACGCCAAGCCAAGGGACGCCUUUGUACAACUACUUAAUGGAAGUACAAGGCAAGAUUAUUGAUGACAAAAGCUGUCAACAACAAAAGUUCAUCCAUCCAAGAAAUCACCAGUGGCAUCUGGUCUGGGGAAAUCUCCUAAUCCAAGCAACUUCUACAAAGAUGUUGUGGUUUGAGUAUGGAUACCAGAUGCACAGUUCAAGGGCCUGCACUACAAAUACAAGUGCCCAAGUUGCCAAUCCAUUCAAUCAACACAAAACAUCAGGGAAGUUGGCGCCCCGUAAUUGCAAAUGGGGAUAUCCAUUGGGUCUUUUUUUAUGUCAAUGCUCAAAUAAGGCUUGUAAGAAUAAGACUUUUUUACAAUCAGCCAUAUGGUGCCAAUGGGGCGUCAGAUUGGAGGUAACUGCAGUAAACUUGAAGAACAAUAUAGUGUCAAUAUAG